AUGGGAGAUGUGGGUGGUAACGAAACCUUAAUGGGCUUCAAGGACACACUUAAGUGGCUUCCUGAAUCUCCCAGGUGCUGUGCUAAGCCUAACUGGAACUUGCAGGAUUCCCACUGGAGCUCAUUAAAGAAGAAAGGAAAUAUUCACCAAUAUUUUCUGUACAAACUCAAACCAGCCAAAGAAAACUGGAAGGAAGGAAGAGUCAGUCCAGAGCAAGAAGCAGAAGAGUUACAGGAUUUAUAUGAAGAUGAAGCUGCAUCCAAGAUUUCUGGCAAUCUCUUUGAUUCAGGAGAGAUCAACAGGGAUCUGAGAACCACCUUGAUAGGUUUUCAUGAAAGGCACAAAACAGCAGUAACCAGAGGGCUGCCUGCUGAGGUUAAAGAAAAGGGACAGAUUUCUCUCAUCCCUUCAACUGACCAUUUUUAUAUCAGGAACAAUAAGUUCUCUGAAGAAACUCAACACCACAUUCCAGGAACUAAAGAGCUGACACAGCAACCAUUGAAGGGAACUGCUGCUGCCCAAAUGUCCAGAGAAAAUUCAACAGAAAUGACUGGAAUACCAGCAAGAAACAAAAAGCCAGAGGGAAUCAUUGUCUCAGCAUGGAACUCCCUAGAUUCCAAUGAUGGCUUUGUCUCUAGUCCAUUCCGAUCCAUGAAUCAUGCCAUGACAGUAAUGAAAAAUAAGAAUUCUUUUCAAAUACCUCGAAUCAUCCUAACUCGCCCUUCCACUUCAGAUGAGGAUACUGACCUAUUUUCUCAAGAUCCAGAUGAAUUCAAGAUGGAAGACAUCACUGCUGAUGGGGGCUCCCUCCAUUCAGAUCACCUGAAUGAUGCUUCUUUCCCUUCCUAA